UCUGGGUGAAUCGCAAAAGGAGGCCGAGAUUUUUUCUAUUCGUGUUUUUUUUUGUGCCCGGAUAACUCUAUUGUUUUUCUCUGCUUCAAUGAAAAGAGAAUUCCAGACGGGAAACAAGUAUAACGAGUAUUGCAAUAUAAUCCUGUUAAAAACGUGGUAAACAAAUACGCAUAGAAUGGAUUCUCGAUAUGGUCGCAGUUUCUCGGGAGGAAAUGGAAAUGGCAACGAUUCGGGAUAUAGACGCUAUACUCGUUCCAGAUCCAGGGAACGAGAUCGUAAUGACUAUAGACGCCGUAAUUCGCGUUCCCGAAGUCGCGAUAGAUCGUCGCAUUAUAGACACGAUCGCAGUCCAGAUCGUGAUCUGUAUAGGGAUCUGAUAAAUGAGGAUUACGAUGAUCAGGGAAACUACAAUUCGCGGCAUAACUUUGAUCAUCGCCAGCAUCGCAAUGAGGAUAACAACUAUGAUCGCCGCGAUCAGGACAAUCAUGGUCGCCGUGAUCAUGAUAACUUCAAUAACCACGAUCGUCAUGAUCAGAAUAGCUAUGAUAAACGCAGUCGGGAUAAAUACGAUAAUGAACGCGAUCACCGCUGGAAGGAUUACGAUCGGGAGUCCAAGGAGCACAACUAUGAUGACUUUGAUAGAGGAUCUGAACGUAGCAGUCGCAGUGGUGAUCAUCGGCAGUAUAAUAAUAAUGGCAAUGGCAAUGGCAAUGGCAGCAAUAAUGCCACUGCCAAAAAUGAUCGUGAUCGUGAAAGACAGUAUUCCUCGGAUGAAGACAGCGAUAUGGCCAAUGAAUUUAAGCAACGUAGUCAUUACGGUGGCCAAAACGUCGAGCCGCUUAAUAAUAUCAUACUCUUUGGUCUCAAGAAGCACGUCACGGAAGCAGAUAUUAUGGGCGAGCUGAUUAAAGCGGAUAUGGAACCCAGUUCCAUUCGCGUGAUGAGGAAACAGCCAACAGGUGCCUCACGCUGUUUUGCAUUUGUCGAGUUUAAAACCGUUGAGGAGGCGAGACAUUGGAUGGAUUUGAAUCAGGGCACUCUCCAACUGGGCGACCAUCGUGUGUCCAUGCAGUAUAGCCACACUCGCAUCUCGGAUUGGACCUGUGUUAAGUGUGGUGCCAGCAACUUCAAGCGCCGCUUUCAGUGCUUCAUGUGCAGCUGCUCGCGAGCGGAGAGCGAGAAUGCCUUGUCCGGAGCAGGCGAGGGCGUCGACGAGAUCAGCCGCAUCCUCACAAAAAAGAUCAUGCUGCGCAAUCUGGACGCUUUGACCAACGAGGAGGGUGUGCUCACUGCCCUCCAGAAGCACCUGCCCGACUUGGCCAAAACAGUGAGCAAGGUGCUGGUUAGUCGGGACACCUUGACCCAGGCAUCUCGGGGAAUUUGUUACCUGAACUUUGACACACUCGUCGAUUCGAUGAAUGUGUACAAUGGACUGACGGCUUUGGAUCCGCCACUAGAACUGGAUGAUAAAACUGUUAUCAUAAGCUACUGCAUUGAUGCGGAAACGCGUCAAGGUUUUCCCAGCGACUCGAAUCCAUCUAAAGCCAGUGGCGGUGCAAUGCCACCUUCGGGAAUAAGUGGAGCCUACACCCUGGCGGAUGUUCCUCGUCUCGCCGAGUACAGUGCCUCCGUGUAUGCCUCCAAUCCUGUGGAGCAUGCCCAUUAUGUCCAGUACUAUACGGAUUACUAUACGACUGAAAUAAACAAGAACUGCGGGGAUCCGCAUGUGACGGAAGCGAAUUCCGGAGCAGCUGUGGCCAUGUCGGCCAUGAUGCGCAAGCAGCGCAAGGUUACCCACCUGGAGACGCCCACGACUACUGUUCCAGAGGCGAAGGCCGCCUUUCUGGCCAGAGGAGCAAGUGCACCCAGGGGAAAUGAUGGAAAGAAAUAUGCCACUCCGGAUGUGUCGAAGUACCAGUAUGAUGAGACCUCCGGCUACUAUUACGACCACAUUACGGGUCUCUACUACGAUGCCCAUUCACAGUACUACUACAACAAUGAGACGGGUGCGUAUCUCUACUGGGAUCAGCGGAGGAGCACCUACGUCCUGGCCACGCCCGCUUCCACUCAGGCAGCGCUCCAGGAAGUUCUAGCUGAGGCCGAGAAAAAAGAGGAGGAGGCCAAGAAGGCCAAGGAGAAGGAGAAGGAAAAGGAGGAGGGCGGCAAACCGGACAAGGUCAAGGUGGCCAAGAAGAUUGUCAAGGACAUGGAGAAGUGGGCCAAGCACUUGAACCAGAGGAAGGACUAUACGGCGGUGGCCACGCCGCAGCCCAUUCUGUCGGGAAAUGAGGCGCCCAGUACGUCGCGUGGAACUCAAGGAGCCUACGCCGAUGUGGGUUUCUCGAUUCUCGAGAAGAAGGAGCGUGGCAAGCUCAACGAGUUUGCACCACAGGCAGGACCACCAGCCAUAAACAAACUGGUCAACGCCUAUGGAGGAGCCUCGGAUUCGGAGGAGGAUAACACUAACUCCUCCCAGAAUUUGCAGAAAGUGGUGGAAACAGGAGGUGCUGCUGUUAAGGGUGCGCCCGAUGAAUCGGAAUUUGUGGACUUGCAAAAGCUUACCUGCCUGCUCUGCAAGCGUGCCUUCCAAUCGCUGGAAAUAUUGCAGAAGCACCUGAAGAUGUCCAAUCUGCACAAGGAGAACCUGGCCAAGCUCAAUCAAAAUUCGGCAGGAAAUAGCAUUGAUGAGGCACUGUCUUAUCGUGAUCGUGCCAAGGAAAGGAGGCUAAAAUACGGCGAAAGUGAUCCUCCUCCGCCAAAUCGCAGCAGGGAGAGAUUCGAGCAGGAAAUCAAGACUUUGCAAAAGCGGCAGAAGGAUGCCUCUGGCAGUGCUCCAGCUAUGCCCAUCAGUUCGAGCAAUGUGGGCAGUCGUCUGAUGCAGAAGAUGGGCUGGUCGGAGGGCCAGGGAUUGGGCAGGAAGAACCAAGGACGCACCCAGAUCAUAGAGGCUGAUGGUCGUAGCAACAAUGUGGGACUGGGCAACAAGGCUGGAAACUUGCCGCCUGGUAACGACUACAAAUCGUACAUCAAGAAGAUGAUGAAGCAGCGCUACGAGAACGCUUGAGACUUCAUUCAUAGACAUGUACGAUUUAAAUUCCGCUUAAAUAUAGGAGCAUUUAGGCAUUGGUUACCUCAAUUACAAAAUCCACCACCUUAUUGCGCUCAUUUAGCAUUACUUUCGAAGUUAACAUGUAAAUAGGACGUGAAUAAAAAGUCACAAAUUAGAUUUGA